AUGGCGAAAAAGAAAAUCAGAAACACCGCAGAGGGCUACAUCAACAAAAUCCGCGUGCCUCACGAACGCACGCACACACGCGAUCCUGGACCGGAGACGCAGGGCGGUUAUUAUCACGGCCCACCGAAGAGAUGGACUGGUAGAGGCCCAACACCUGCUCGACACAUACCAUGGCCAGAGGUCUUCCGACAUCAUAUCUCCAAUUGCGAAGGCCACUUAAGAAUGAUGCAAAUGGUACAGAAGCAUAUAGAGGAAAACACUAGAAAUUGGGAUCUCAUUUGCAAGAUCAUUGAAAACACAGAGCAAAUGGUAUUUGAAUCAAAGAGGACUGCUAAGGAUUUUAUCAUACCCAGGGGCCAGCGUCAACAAGUCCCUUUGAAUUGUUCGUCCGCGUCAAUGUAUCCCGGCUACUCUCCAGCAGACCACAAUUGGGGUGACGCCGCAGCAGAAUAUGGACAAACCCAAGCCGAAAUGAAGAAGCAAGGGAUCGAUGUUCCAGUUUCUGACGAUGUGUAUAAAGUCGGUCAAUCCAGAGGAAUCAAGAAAAGAACUCUGGCUCAGAUUCGCGCAGCUAGCGACCAGGAGAAGGCAAAAGCUGGGAGUGCUUCGAAACCAGGUUCAGGUUCCAACAAUGCCGCUACCAAGCCUAUCAAUGGCAUUUCGACUGCAAAUAGUAUACCCAUUGCGAACGGAACCAAGGGAUCAGCUGACGCCAGCUAUAACGCCAACGACGUAGAAAAAGGAGAGGAUGGGAUGCCGCUAUUCAUCAUUGACAGCAAUCCUAUGAAGGUAGAUAUACCUGGAAUGAAACCACCAAAGCGCAGCUCCACUCCUUCGGAUUCCGUUCAGACCAAGAAACACAAGAAAGCCAAGACCAAGACUGCUGAAGACACACUCGCAGACGCGGCUGAACACGACAUCUCGGCGGAGGUAGAUACAAAGCUCAAGGAGAAAGCCGAGAAAAAGACGAGAGAAAAAAACAAGAAGCGGAAGCGUGAGUCUGGCGAUGCAGAACCAGCCAAGAGUAGUGCUACAUUGGCCGAUAUUGAAAAGACAGAUGGCGAUGAAGUAAAGUUGGAUGAGAAACCUGAAAAGAAGAAGCGAAAAUCAGCCGCUGAAAAGACUAAGGAAAAGAAGCGCAAGCGAAAAUCUGGCGAUACAGACGUUGUUGCGCCCAUCGGAGAAGAGCUACCAGCGGAAGAAGCUGGUGACGAUACAAAACCCGAGAAGCCAAAGAAGAAAAAGCUUAAGUCCUCUGAUUCUAAAGGCAAAGGCAAGAAGCGGAAGAGUGAGGCCGAGAAUGUUGAACCUCCGUCUGCUACUGCGCAUGUGAAGCCAGUAGCGAGUGCUGAGAAUACUAAGGAGCCAGAAAACACACAGCUGCCUACUAUCGACAAACCCGCUCCUGCCAGAGAAUCGCCUAUCGUUGGAGAUCUUCAGGAAAGCCUUGCAGAAGGCAAAGUUGGGGCUAGUGUAGAAGGGGCUGAGGAAGGGGAAAAGGAGAGCAAGCGGCGUAAGACGAGUAGCGAAUGA